GCCGAGGGACUGCAUUAGUAGAGAACAGAAGCAUGCUAAAUAAGGCCAUGGCUGACCCAGAGGAGCUGUGCUCAAGAUCUUCUGUCACCAUGAAGGCGACCUUCUCAACUGCACUCCUUGUUCUGUCGAUCUCAGUGGGGACUUCCUUGGCAGUCGAUUUCUAUCUUCCUAUGAGCGCUCACCUGACUGAUGAGCUCUUCCAGGAGACGAAGGUCUUGUGCAACAAGAAUGUAAGGAGGUGCUGGAUGCUCGCCUACUACAAGCCCGAUGAGCCUAUAUGUGCCACUGACCAAGAUACCUACGGCGGUGAGUGCCAUCUCUGCUCCAGAAUUCUGUAUGAAGAAAGAACCAUAAUUAAAAUGCAUGAUGGAGAAUGUAUUUACUCCUUGGAAGACAAUGAACAAACAUAAAAGUUACUGGAUCCUCAGCCAAGUAAAGCAUGAAGGCUGAGUCUUCAAAGAUACCCAAUACUCUGGGGGACAGGGGCUGGAGUUCCUGGUACUGUACUUGCCUAGCAUGUAUGAAGCCUUAGGUUAAAUCUCCAAUGUCUGGAGGAAAAAAAAAAAAAAGGAUAUAGCUCCUUGAGAAAUGCAUCCUAUA